GACGGGCGUACGGCCAGGCCAUGCCGGGGGAAGCUGCCCGCGCCGAGCUGCUGCUGCCGGAGGCGGGCGGAACAGGGCCCCGCACAGAUCUGUCCUGCGAUGCGGCUGCGGCUACCACCCCGAGGGGGGACCAGCUGGAGCACUGUGUCCUGACCCCUAAGCCCAGUGCCCUAGCGCUCACGUUCCUGCCCAGCAAGCCGGGUGCCCGGCCCCCGCCUGACGGAGCCAGCUGGGAUGCAGGGCCGGGACGCGCCCCCGCGGCCUGGGCAGUCCAGGCAGAGGGCGACCCCAGCCCAGGGCCCCCCGAGGUUCGGCCUGCUGAAAGUCCUCUCCCAGCCUCCCUGGAGCCCCGGAUUGUGAUGGGCGAGGAGACGUGCCGGGCAUCCCCUCUGCCCAGGGCAACCCUGCCAGAGCUCAGGGACUGGGAGGGUGGGCACGCCAGCCUGAACCCACCCCCCGAGUUGUGUUCUCAGGGUGACCCUCCUGUGCCUUUCCCUGCCCCCGACUCCGAUUCCUACUUCACCCCUCCCUCCACCCCGACCGAGACAGCCUCCACCCUGCUCCCUGGCCCCGGGCCCCACAGGGAGGCCCAGGAUGCCCAGGCUGAGCUGGGGAACUCGCCGCCAGCCUCGCCCUCGGGCUCCUACAUCACGGCGGACGGGGACAGCUGGGCCUCGUCUCCAUCCUGCUCCGUGAGCCUGCAGGCCCCGGCUGAAGGGCUGGAUGUGCCCUCAGGCUGGGGCUUCUCCCCACCUGGGUCUGUGGCCGAUGAGAGGGAGCUGCCCCCUGCCGGGACCCCGGACACCUCGUCCCCAGAGUCCAGCCUCUCGGCAGACAGCAGCUCUUCCUGGGGCCAGGAGGGCCACUUCUUCGAGCUGGACUUCCUGGCCAACGACCCGAUGAUCCCUGCUUCCCUCCUGCCCUUCCAGGGCAGCCUAAUCUUCCAGGUGGAGGCUGUCGAGGUGACCCCGCUGCCCCCCGAGGAAGAACAGGAGGAGCAGGCGGAGGAGGGCGAGGAGGAAGCCCCCAGCCCCAGCAGGGACCUGGCCGGGCAGGGCGAGGACGACAGCACGUUCGCGUCCUCGCUGCAGUCGCUGUCCGACCUGUCCAUCACUGAGGGCAUGGACGAGGCCUUCGCCUUCCGAGAUGACACCUCAGCCGCCUCCUCUGACCCCGACUCGGCCUCCUACGCGGGGGGUGACGAUGAGAGACUGUACAGCGGGGAGCCCCACGCACAGCCCACCACCCUGCUCCAGGACAGCCCUGGUGAGGCCGCCUCCUGGGGCCCCGAGCCCACUCUUGGGGUGUCCGAGGGAGAGGUUGGCCGGGCUGCCAAGAGCCAGGAACCCAUCUCCGAUAUAACGGGGGUGGGCCCCGCUCCAGGCCAGGUGUCCGCUGCUGCUAUGGCCCCUCACGUCCCACAGAAAGCCCCAGGCCUCACUGCGGUGACCCCUCGGGCCUGGGCAGCAGAGGCAGGCUCCACCACGGGACCAGCACCUGUUGCCACAAUCACACCUCAGUCCCUGGAGGAGGGAGACGGCGCUGCCUUAGGCUUAGAGCCCCCCACUUCGAAGGGAGAGGCGGGCCUCGACUCUCUGCAGAACCUGAAGGAAGAAACAGGCCAGGGGUUUGCCGCUGCAGGCAGCCCUGAGCCCCAGCCAGGAGAAGUGGAACCGGCAGUAUUCCUGCCCCUGCAGGAUGCAGGCCUCCCCACUGGCCAGGGAUCUGAGCCCCAGGCCAGCCCUGAGCCCCAGCCAGAAGAAGUGGACCUAACGGCAUCCUUGCCCCUGCAGGAUGCAGGCCUCCCCUAUGGCCAGGGAUCUGAGGCCCAGGCCAGCCCUGAGCCCCAGCCAGAAGUGGACCUGACAGCAUCCUUGCCACUGCAGGAUGCAGGCCUCUCCUCUGGCCAAGGAUCUGCCCCCGAGGCCAGCCCUGAGCCCCAGCCGGAAGAACUGGACCUGACGGCAUCCUUGCCCCUGCAGGAUGCAGGCCUUCCCUCUGGCCAGGGAUCUGCCCCUGAGGCCAGCCCUGAGCCCCAGCCGGAAGAACUGGACCUGACAGCAUCCUUGCCUCUGCAGGAUGCAGGCCUUCCCUCUGGCCAGGGAUCUGCCCCCGAGGCCGGCCCUGAGCCCCAGCCGGAAGAAGUGGACCUGACGGCAUCCUUGUCCCUGCAGGAUGCAGGCCUCCCCUCUGGCCAGGGAUCUGCCCCCGAGGCCGGCCCUGAGCCCCAGCCGGAAGAAGUGGACCUGACGGCAUCCUUGCCCCUGCAAGAUGCAGGCCUCCCCUCUGGCCAGGGAUCUGCCCCCGAGGCUGGCCCUGAGCCCCAGUCGGAAGAAGUGGACCUGAUGGCAUCCCAGCCCCUGCAGGAUGCAGACCUCCCCUCAGUCCAGGGAUCUGCCCCCGAGGCUGGCCCUGAGUCCCAGUCGGAAGAAGUGGACCUGACGGCAUCCUUGCCCCUGCAGGAUGCAGGCCUUCUCUCAGUCCAGGGAUCUGCCCCCCAGGACAGCCCUGAGACCCAACUGGAAGAAGUGGACCUGAUGGCAUCCCUGCCCCUGCAGGAUGCAGGCCUCCCCUCUGGCCAGGGAUCUUCCCCCCAGGACAGCCCUGAGACCCAACCAGAAGAAGUGGACCUGAUGGCAUCCUUGUCCCUGCAGAAUGCAGGCCUUCCCUCAGUCCAGGGAUCUGCCCCCGAGACCAGCCCUGAGCCCCAGUUGGAAGAAGUGGACCUGAUGGCAUCCCUCCCCCUGCAGGAUGCAGGACUCUCUUUGGUCCAGGGAUCUGCCCCCCAGGACAGCCCUGAGACCCAACUGGAAGAAGUGGACCUGACGGCAUCCUUGUCCCUGCAGGAUUCAGGCCUCCCCUCUGGCCAGGGAUCUGCCUCCAAGACCAGCCCUGAGCCCCAGCCGGAGGAAGUGGACCUGAUGGCAUCCUUGUGUCUGCAGGAUGCAGGCCUCCCCUCUGGCCAAGGAUCUGCCCCCGAGGCCAGCCCUGAGCCCCAGCCGGAAGAAGUGGACCUGACGGCAUCCUUGUCCCUGCAGGAUGCAGGCCUCCCCUCUGACCAGGGAUCUGCCUCUGAGGCUGGCCCUGAGCCCCAGCCGGAAGAAGUGGACCUGACAGCAUCCUUGUCCCUGCAGGAUGUAGGCCUCCCCUCGGUCCAGGGAUCUGCCUCCGAGGCCAGCCCUGAGCCCCAGCCGGAGGAAGUGGACCUGACGGCAUCCUUGUCCCUGCAGGAUGCAGGCCUCCCCUCUGACCAGGGAUCUGCCUCCAAGACCAGCCCUGAGCCCCAGCCGGAGGAAGUGGACCUGAUGGCAUCCUUGUCCCUGCAGGAUGCAGGCCUCCCCUCUGACCAGGGAUCUGCCUCUGAGGCCGGCCCUGAGCCCCAGCCGGAAGAAGUGGACCUGACGGCAUCCUUGUCCCUGCAGGAUGCAGGCCUCUCUUUGGUCCAGGGAUCUGCCUCCGAGGCCAGCCCUGAGCCCCAGUCGGAAGAAGUGGGCCUCACAGCAUUCCAGACCCUGCAGGAUGCAGGCCUUCCUUCGGGCCAGGAAUUGGCCUCCGAGACCAGCCCUGAACCCCAGUCGGAAGAAGUGGACCCGACGGCAUCCUUGCCCCUGCAGGAUGCAGGCCUCCCCUCAGUCCAGGGAUCUGCCCCCGAGGCCAGCCCUGAGCCCCAGUCGGAAGAAGUGGACCUGAUGGCAUCCCAGCCCCUGCAGGAUGCAGGCCUCCCCUCGGUCCAGGGAUCUGCCUCCGAGGCCAGCCCUGAGCGCCAGCCAGAAGAAGUGGACCUGACAGCAUCCUUGCCACUGCAGGAUGCAGGCCUUCCCUCUGGCCAGGGAUCUGCCCCCGAGACCAGCCCUGAGCGCCAGCCAGAAGAAGUGGACCUGACAGCAUUCCAGCCCCUGCAGGAGGCAGACCUCCCCUCAGUCCAGAGAUCUUCCUCCAAGGUCAGCCCUGAGCCCCAGCCGGAAAAAGUGGACCUGACAGCAUUCCCGUCCCUGCAGGAUGCAGGCCUCCCCUCUGUCCAGGGAUCUGCCUCCGAACCCAGCCCUGAGCCCCAGUCGGAAGAAGUGGACCUGACUGCAUCCCCACCCCUGCAGGAUGCAGGCCUUCAUUCGGGCCAGGAAUUGGCCUCUGAGGCCAGCCCUGAACCCCAGUCGGAAAAAGUGGACCUGACAGCAUCCUUGCCACUGCAGGAUGCAGGCCUCCCCUCUGGCCAGGGAUCUGCCUCUGAGGCCAGCCCUGAGCCCCAGCCAGAAGAAGUGGACCUGACAGUAUUCCCGCCCCUGCAGGAUGCAGGCCUUCCUUCAAUCCAGGGAUCUGCCUCCGAGGCCAGCCCUGAGUCCCAGUCGGAAGAAGUGGACCUGACUGCAUCCCCACCCCUGCAGGAUGCAGGCCUUCCUUCGGGCCAGGAAUUGGCCUCCGAGGCCAGCCCUGAACCCCAGUCGGAAGAAGUGGACCUGAUGGCAUCCCUGCCCCUGCAGGAUGCAGGCCUCCCCUCUGGCCAAGGAUCUGCCACCAAGGCCAGCCCUCAGGCCUUGCAGGCUGACACAGGCUACACCCUAGGAACAGAGCCCAUGGCCACCACAGCCCAACAGAAAGGAGGCAAGACUUUGGAACUGAGGCCAGCGCCUGAGAAAAGGGACCCAGACCACACUGGAGGAUCAGACUCUCUGGCCUUGGAUCAGAUCCAUCUGGGUGGCCUGGAGCCAGCUGCAGAUGCUCGGAUACCCUUGGACGGAGAUGCAUGCCCUUCCAAGCCUGCCAUGGAGGCCCCAGACACACCUGAGCCUGCCACGGAGGCCCCAGACACACCUGAGCCUGCCACGGAGGCCCCAGACACACCUGAGCCUGCCACGGAGGCCCCAGACACACCUGAGCCUGCCACGGAGGCCCCAGACACACCUGAGCCUGCCACGGAGGCCCCAGACACACCUGAGCCUGCCACGGAGGCCCCAGACACACCUGAGCCUGCCACGGAGGCCCCAGACACACCUGAGCCUGCCACGGAGGCCCCAGACACACCUGAGCCUGCCACGGAGGCCCCAGACACACCUGAGCCUGCCACGGAGGCCCCAGACACACCUGAGCCUGCCACGGAGGCCCCAGACACACCUGAGCCUGCCACGGAGGCCCCAGACACACCUGAGCCGGCCACGGAGGCCCCAGACACACCUGAGCCGGCCACGGAGGCCCCAGGUCCCCCAGAGCCUGACUCCAGAGGGGAGGAAGUAGCCAAGGGCCUUUUGGCACCUGAGCAGGGAGCCUGUCCUGAUGCCCGUGGGCAUGGGGGUGAUGGAGCUGAGCCCAGCUCGCCCCUAAAGGAGGCCCCGGGGGCUGAGAACCAGGGGCAUGGAGUUCUAAAGGCAGUCGUCUGCAGCCCAGAGCCAUGUCCUGCUGCCAGCCUGGAGGUUGGCCAGGUGGGGCCCCCAAGCCCAGUGGAGGAGGGAAGGGCCGCCCUGGGGCCCAGGCUUCCCGUGGCUGUGGCCGCAGAGGCCGGGCUGGGCUCCUGCCCAGAGUCUCCAUCAGGGGCUGUACCCAGGCUGGGAGGGAGCUGUCCCAAAGAUCCUGCCCUGGCACUUCCACUGCCCUCAAGGCAGCCAGAGCCCGUGAGGGGCCUGCACAGCGGACAGCAGGUCCGGGCAGCCCUGGGAGUCCUCAGCUCCUCCCCGCCGCAGCCUCCACAAAGCCCCCUAGGGGGCCUGCCCUGUGCACCCCAAGCCAGCAUCCAGGGCGCUGAGUCCUCUGCUCCUGGUGUCCUCAUGCAGACAGUCCCACCCCCCGUGGCACCCCCUGCCCCCUGCCCUUGCCAGGUCCCCGGGGAAGACCUGGGGGAGGGCGUGGAGCCCCUGGGCUCUCUGGGACUCCCACCACCACGGGCAAGAGCCCAGCGGGCGGUGGCUGCCCUCUCAGGGACCAAGAAUCCCCCCGGGGCCGGGCAGGUCAGCCUCCCGCCCCACUCCCCACUCCUCAGCCCCAAGGCGGCCCCCAAGGGGGCUACCCAUGCCAAAGACCUGGCCUCGAGGAUCUCGCCCCCCUGCCAAGUGCCUCCUGGCUCUGGGCUCCGGAGCCCAGCCGGACCUCGAGGGCUCCCAGCCGCCAAGCAGCAGGAUGACCAGGACAGUUUGGAAGAAGACUCGCCGCAGGCUCCGGGCUCCGGCCAGCACUCGGACAGCCACGGGGAGUCGUCGGCCGAGCUGGAGGAACAGGACCUCUCGGGACCACGGACCGCGCAGUGCCCAGCCCAGGCCCCGGCAGGCGGCGGGAGCGAGGAGACCGUCACCAAAGUCAAGCAGAGCCGCAGUGAGAAGAAGGCCCGAAAGGCGAUGUCCAAGCUGGGCUUACGACAGAUCCAGGGGGUCACCAGGAUCACCAUCCAGAAGUCCAAGAACAUCCUCUUUGUCAUCGCCAAACCUGAUGUCUUCAAGAGCCCGGCCUCGGACACCUACGUGGUCUUCGGCGAGGCCAAGAUCGAGGACCUGUCCCAGCAGGUGCACAGAGCUGCGGCUGAGAAGUUCAAGGUACCCUCGGAGCCCUCCGCCCUGGUCCCCGAGUCAGCGCCGGGGCCGAGGGUGAGACCAGAGUGCAAGGAGGAGGAAGAGGACGACGACGAGGAGGUGGACGAGACGGGGCUGGAACUUCGGGACAUAGAGCUAGUGAUGGCGCAGGCCAACGUGUCAAGGGCCAAGGCCGUGCGGGCCCUGAGGGACAACCAGAGCGAUAUCGUCAACGCCAUCAUGGAGCUGACAAUGUAGCUGCUGACCAGAGACCUGGCUCCACCCCUGCCCCCAAGCUCUGCUGCUCAAUAAACCGGUGUCCC